GCUUCUGCAAUAGAGGUAGCGAUCAACAGCGCCUACUAAAUAACCGCAUACUUUGCAAAGUAACAGCAUUGUUACCGCCGUAAACGAAUUGCCCUGAAUCUCAUCAGGCUCCUUAAAUUUGGACUCCCGUGCGCUUGCACCGUUCCCUCGGGCUCUUCCCCGCUCGAAGGCUCGUACGUCUUCCAGUCCGAUUGGUUUCAAUCUGGACAACAUGUUUAUCUCUGCCAAGGAGCAAUAAACAGUGCAUUCACUAUCCACUCAUAUUGUAGCACGUCUGCCAAGCAAUUUCAUUACAUCUCGAGAAUGCCACCAGCACACACACCUAUGCGUUUAGGUUCUGCGUCUGGUUCAGCGCGCAUGGGCAGAGCCCUGUGGUUGGGAACCAUUCCUGUAUGCAACUGCUGGUUAUCUCCGUCAAGUCGAAUCGUACUAGGAAGGAGUAGCUACUAGUAUAAGAAUGCAUCUGCGUAGGCUGAAUCUGCCAAAUAAUAAUAUCAGACUACUUCUCUAUUCAAGAUGAGCUUCGUAAAGUGUGCUCGGGAAGCUAGCAGCCAUUUAAUUACCCUUGAGAUAACAAAACCUUACACAACCUACACAACGCAAUUCACUUUGAUUCGCACGCGUCCGCCAACACAAAGCACAUCCCAAUCUACGCCACCUCUCGUGUCUUCUACGGAAAACCCUGGUUCUGACUCGACCACAUGGGUCGUCGGACUAGUAUUCGGUGUGAUAGCUUUACUUCUUGCUGUCUUAUGGUGCUGCUGUAGAAGACGAGAUCCUCUAGAUAUAUGCUAUGUCCGCAGUGUUCCGGAAGGCCCGCGAGGUCCGGAAGGCCCGCGAGGUCCCGAUGGUCGUCCAGGUCCCGAUGGUCGUCCAGGUCCCGAUGGUCGUCCAGGUCCCGAUGGUCGUCCAGGUCCCGAUGGUCGCCAAGGUCCCGAUGGUCGUCCAGGUCCCGAUGGUCGCCAAGGUCCUGAUGGUCGUUCAGGUCCCGAUGGUUGUCCAGGUCUCGAUGGUCGUAAAGGUUCUCCUGGUCCUCCUGGUCCCCAAGGUCGUGAAGGUCCUCCUGGCCCUCCUGGUUCUCCUGGUGCCUUGGGUCCCCAAGGUCGUGAAGGUCCUCCUGGCCCUCCUGGUUCUCCUGGUGCCUUGGGUCCCCAGGGUCGUAAAGGUUCUCCUGGAGAUUCUGGUCCCCGAGGUCGUAAAGGUUCUCCUGGCCCUCCUGGUUCUCCUGGUGCCUUGGGUCCCCAGGGUCCUAAGGGUUCUCCUGGUCCUCCUGGUUCUCCUGGUCCUCCUGGUCCUCCUGGUCCUCCUGGUUCUUCUGGUCCACGAGGUCGAAAAGGUUCUCCUGGUUCUUCUGGUCCCCAAGGUCGUAAAGGUUCUCCUGGUCCUCAAGGCUUGACAAAUCAUUACUGGCGGGAUGGACGGGAUGGACGGGAUGGACGGGACGGACGGGACGGACGAGACGGUUGGGAUGGGCAAAAUGUGCGAGAUGGGCGGUCAAAUGAGUCAUAUCUUCGAGUGGCUCAAAUCUUCCAGGCAUAA